AAAUUCAAGGGGGAGGGGGAGUUGUAGCGUGUACGAGAUUAGAAAGUGAUUUACGCAACCAACCACCUGUGACUCACUCACACGUGAUUCUUUAUCACUGGAAAUCUGGUAAUGAAACAGCACACACACACAAACAAACAAACAAACAAACAAACAAAAUUGACUCACACACACAUCAACUGGAGUAGUUCUAAUUAUAUUUACUCUUAUAUCAUUUCCAUACAUAUAUAUUUUUUUUAUCUAUCUAUAAAUUGUUUUAACCUAAGGUAAAGUGCCGUUCAAAGUUUCACAAAGCAAACACAAUCGAUCAUGUAUCGACUUGCCGCAUACAGGCAAUUCAAGAACACAAUUUCUUCCAAUUCCAUCUCUUUAUUAUUCACUUCUGCUAGAUCAAACCAUACUUUGCCCUUUGCUACGGUAAAAGCUGAAGAAGUAUCAGGCUCUCAACCUGCUGAAGUCCACAACUUGGUGCAGGGCAAGUGGACAAAAUCUUCUAACUGGAAUACAAUAUUGGAUCCUUUGAAUGGGCAACCAUUUAUUAAAGUUGCAGAAGUAAAUGAAUCAGAAUUGAAGCCAUUUGUGGAGAGCUUGUCCAAGUGCCCAAAACAUGGUCUACAUAAUCCAUUCAAAUCACCAGAAAGGUACUUAAUGUUAGGAGAUGUAUCUACCAAAGCAGCUCAUGCACUUGGCUUGCCUGAGGUUUCUGACUUCUUUGCUAAGCUAAUACAACGGGUGUCUCCUAAGAGUUACCAACAAGCUUAUGCUGAAGUUUUUGUGACUCAGAAAUUUCUGGAAAAUUUCUGUGGUGAUCAGGUUCGCUUUCUAGCAAGGUCUUUUGCAGUACCAGGAAAUCAUCUGGGGCAGCAGAGUCAUGGUUUUCGAUGGCCUUAUGGACCUGUGGCGGUUAUUACUCCCUUUAAUUUUCCUUUGGAGAUUCCUGUGCUUCAGCUGAUGGGAGCGUUGUAUAUGGGGAAUAAGCCGGUACUUAAAGUUGACAGCAAGGUAUGCAUUGUGAUGGAACAAAUGCUUCGACUACUUCAUGAUUGUGGGUUACCUGUGGAUGACGUGGAUUUCAUAAACUCAGAUGGAAAGACAAUGAACAAGCUACUCGUGGAGGCAAAACCACGCAUGACUCUCUUCACAGGUAGCUCAAGAGUGGCAGAGAAGUUAGCUGAUGACCUAAGCGGUCGAGUCAAACUAGAAGAUGCUGGAUUCGACUGGAAGAUCCUUGGACCCGAUGUCAAUGAGGUGGAUUAUGUUGCAUGGGUUUGUGACCAAGAUGCAUAUGCAUGUAGUGGUCAGAAGUGUUCAGCUGAAUCAAUAUUGUUCAUGCAUGAGAAUUGGGGUAAAAGUUCUCUCAUAGACAAAAUGGCUGAGUUUGCUGCAAGAAGAAAGUUAGAUGAUUUAACUGUUGGUCCUGUCCUUACGGUUACAACUGAAGCAAUGCUAGACCAUGCGAAGAAAUUACUUCAGAUACCUGGAUCGAGACUGCUCUUUGGUGGUGAAGCCUUACAAAACCAUUCGAUCCCUCAAAUUUAUGGAGCCAUUAAACCGACUGCUAUUUUUGUACCACUUGAAGAAAUACUCAAAGCUGAACAUUUCCAUCUCGUGACUAAAGAGAUUUUUGGGCCAUUCCAGGUUGUGACCGAAUACAAAGAUAAUCAGCUUCCACUGGUCCUGGACGCCCUUGAAAAGAUGCAUGCACAUUUAACAGCUGCUGUGGUUUCAAAUGACAUAUUGUUCCUGCAAAAAGUAAUUGGAAAUUCAGUUAAUGGAACCACUUAUGCUGGUUUGAGAGCAAGAACAACCGGCGCUCCACAGAAUCACUGGUUUGGUCCUGCCGGGGACCCUAGAGGAGCCGGAAUAGGUACUCCAGAAGCUAUAAAACUUGUAUGGUCCUGCCACAGAGAAGUCAUAUAUGAUGUUGGUCCCAUGCCACUAGGAUGGAAAGUUCCUGCAUCUACUUGAGGAGCAACUGCUGCUACUCAAAGCACUCGAGGAUCGCCCUCAAUGAGUCUUAACACUAGAAUUCCGUAGAAAGAAUCCAGUUAGAGGAUAGUGUAACAAAUGGCUUGGUCACAUAAAAUCAAUCGGAAUGUUAUUUGAGUGCUUAUGUUUGUGCAAACGUAUGAGCGAGGAGCUUUCAUAUUUUCUAUUAUCUAAUAAAUAAGCGAGUUAUUUUUCGCA